UGUUGAGGAGGAACAAGAGGACGAACUUGAUUUUGUUGUUGUUGCAAUGGCAUAUUAUGUUCUAAACAAAGAGAGGCUGCCAUAUGGACCUAGAAGAGCACCAAUAAUGACAUGACAUUUUAGUUGAGAGGUAUGGUCUAAGGUCAACUUGCAACAUGUCAAGCAAAGAAGCAUUAGCACAGUUCUUGUGGACUUUGGGGUCACGCCAAACCACCGACGAUGUUGCAGAUCGAUUUGAACACAUUCGGUCUAUCAUCAACAAAAAAUUUAAGGAGGUACUGUUGUGUGUGUACCGUAUGGGCGGUGAUUACAUUCAACCCAAAGAUCGUUCUUUUACCCAAGUUCAUGACUCACUUACAAACACAAGAUUUUGGCCUCACUUCAAGGAUGCCAUUGGGGCAAUCGAUGGAACACACAUUGAAUGUGUUGUGCCUGCUAGUGAGCAACCCAAGUAUCGCAAUAGGAAAGGUUGGACAACUCAGAAUGUCAUGGCAAUUUGCGAUUUUGAUAUGAGAUUUACGUUUGUUGUUGCUGGAUGGCCUGGAUCUGUUCAUGACACGCGUGUACUCAAUGAUGCACAAGUUGAAUAUUCCUACUUUCCACACCCUUCAGACGGAAAAUAUUAUCUUGUUGACUCUGGAUAUCCAAACAGAGUUGGAUAUCUAGCACCAUACAAAGGACAACGUUAUCAUGUACCCGAUUUCCAACAAGUACCACCAAGAGGGAGAUAUGAAACAUUCAAUCAUCUACAUUCAUCACUAAGAAACGUCAUCGAACGAUCGUUCGGUGUUCUAAAGAUGAAAUGGAGAAUCCUCCUCGGCAUCACACGGUACAAACCUGCUACGCAAACAAUGAUCAUUACUGCAUGCGCGUGUCUUCAUAACUUCAUACGUGAGAGCAAACUAAGUGAUCAACACUUUGACAUGGUUGAGAGUGGAUCUUAUGCUCACGAGGAGAGCCUUUCUCAUCACUAUGCACCCAUUGAUGAUGGUACUAUGGGUUCCAUCCGUGAUGCUAUUGCGACAAGUGUUUUCCCUUGAUGCUUAGAGGUGUAUGCUUUUGUUGGGAGUAUCAUGUAAUAAUUUAAAGAUAUUUUUUAUUCAGUACUUCUUCUCAAGUACUCCUACUCGUACAUGAGACAAUGAUUCAUGUAUGAUAUUCGUAUGCGAGAUAAUGAUCCU